GAGAAAAUAAAAUAAAAAUCCUUUUCUUCUUUCCCUCUCUUCUUUUACUUUCUCUCUGGGUUGCCUCAUUCUUCUUUUGUCCCUUAUCAACAACAAAACACUCUCUUCCUUUAUUCUCCAUUGAAGAAUCACCACAAGAAGAAGAAGAAAGCAGGAAAAAAGAAAGAAGAAACAAACGUUCUGUUCAAUACUAAUUUUUAUUGAUUUUUUAUUUCGGGAAACCCUAACCCUAGUUUUUUUGGUUGUGCCGCGGGGUUUGGUGCAGUUUUGGGUGAUUUUAGGACCUUUGUCUAAUUCUUGUUUCCUUCCUCAGCCAGGAUUUUUUGAUUUGUUUUUAUCGUUUGGUUUGAUUUUGGUGGUUGUGGGGUUGCGCGUGUGAUGCAAAUUAGGAAAAAAAGAGAGGGUAGAAUUGAUGCCGCCAGAGCCAUUGCCUUGGGAUCGGAAAGACUUCUUCAAGGAGAGGAAGCACGAUCGGUCGGAACUCGCACGGUGGAGGGAGACUACACCGCACCACCACUACACUUCUUCUCGCUGGCUUCCUGAUUUUCGUUCCAGAGGCAGUUCUGGUCAUGGUAAGCAGGGUAGUUGGCACAUGUAUCCUGAAGAACCCGGACAUGGUUUUAUGCCUUCUCGUUCUAAUGAAAAGAUUGUUGAAGAUGAGAGCUGUCGGCAGUCUCGUGGAGAUGGUGGGAAGUAUGGAAAGAAUAGCAGGGAAAAUAGGUCCUCUGGUCAGAGGGAUUGGAGAGGUGGUCACUCUUGGGAAGCUGCAUCCGCCAGUGGUUCUGCAAGACAAAAUGAUGCUACAAAUGAUCAGAGGUCACUGGAUGUUGUGGUGCCUCACAGUCUUUCCCAUCCUCAUUCUGAGCAUGUUAACACAUGUGAUCAAUCUCACCCUAGAGAGCAGCACAAUAAGAGUGGUAGUGGUAACAGAACAGCAAGCACGGGGCAAAGAUUUGAGAGGGAGAGCUCGCUAGGGUCAGUCGAAUGGAGGCCACUGAAAUGGACUCGGUCUGGAAGCUUAUCAUCAAGGGGAUCAUUAAGUCAUUCUGGUAGCUCGAAAAGCAUGGGAGUGGAUUCUAAUGAGACAAAGCCUGAGUUGCAGCUUGGAAACUCAAAAGCUGUUCAAGAUGCAACUGUUUGUGUAACUUCUGCUGCCCCUUCUGAAGAGACAACUUCCAGGAAGAAGCCGCGUUUGGGUUGGGGAGAAGGACUGGCCAAGUAUGAGAAGAAGAAAGUUGAAGGCCCUGAGGAUAAUGCUGUUAAGGUGGGAGCUUCUAUCUCUGGUGAUAGUGUGGAACCUGGUCAUUCUCAGCCCUUGAACCUGUUAGAUAGAAGCCCAAGAGUUACUGUUUUUCCGGAUUGUCCCUCUCCUGCCACACCUUCAUCAGUUGCUUGUAGUUCUUCGCCAGGUCUUGAGGAUAAACAACUAGUCAAGGCAACAAAUAUUGAUCAGGAUGUUGGUAAUUUAUGUGGCUCACCCAGUGUUGUCUCCCAGUAUUACUCUGAGGGAUCUGGUUUUAACUUAGAGAAUUGGGAUCUUGCUCAAAUUUCCAAUUUGAACUCUUCAAUCAAUGAAUUGCUACAAUCAGAGGACCCAAGUUUUGUGGACUCUGGUUUUAUGAGAUCAACUGCAGUUAACAAGUUGUUAGUGUGGAAGAGUGAUAUUACUAAGGCCCUGGAAAAAACUGAAGUUGAGAUUGAUUCACUUGAGAAUGAACUGAAGACAUUGAUCUCUGGACCUGAAAAUAUCCAGCUUGUUCCAUCUGCUCCCUGUUUUCCACCAAAAGAUUGCUACGCAAAUUCUCAUGAAGAUCAAGGCACUACUUCUAAUAUAGCUUCUAAACCUGUUCCUUUGCUAGUUGAUAUACCAGACGAUUUGAUUGGAGAGGAAGAGGUUAUUAUACAUGGUAAUGAGCAGAUUGAGGUGAAAGUAGAGGACAUUGAUAGCCCUGGUAGUGCAACUUCAAAGUUUGUUGAAUUGCCCUCAGAGAAAAAUGUGGAACCUGUUGAUGCCAUGAAACAUGAUGGAAUGCUGAUUUCAGAUGACAGUAAGUCCAGAAGAUUGAAUGUCAACAUGUGCAGUUUCACUGAAGAGAAGGCUAAGUCUAGAAGUUUAGAUGUAAAGCUAUGCAAUUUCAAUGAGGAAAAAGCAAGGGACACACUUGCUUGCUGGGAGAGCUCCCAGCCAACUGCCAGCUAUUCUCACUCCGUUUCUAAUGACAGUUUGAAUUGUGGAGAAGAUGCUUUAUAUAAUUUGAUAUUAGCUUCCAACAAAGAUUCUGCACAGAGAGCAUUUGAAGUAUUUAAGAACCUACUGCCUGCCAGCAAAUGCAGUUUUGAUUUUUCAAGAGCCGUCAGAGGAUCUUCCUUACAAAUUGAUCCUGCGGUGAAGGAAAGGUUUGUUAAGAGGAAGCAGUUUCAACAGUUCAAAGAAAAGAUAAUUGCCUUAAAGUAUAGGGUACAUCAACAUCUUUGGAAGGAAGAUAUUCGCAUGCUUUCCGUUAGGAGGUUUCGUGCAAAGUCUCAGAAAAAGUUUGACUUCAGCCUGCGCCCUGUGCAGACAGGACAUCAAAAACACCGUUCUACAGUUCGUUCACGAUUUUUUACUACUGUUGGAAGCUUAAGUCUGGUACCCUCAUCAGAAAUAUUGAACUUUGCAAGCAGGCUACUCUCAGAACUUGGGGCAAAGGUCUACAGGAACACAUUAAGGAUGCCUGCUUUAAUUUUAGAUCAGAAGGAGAGGAUGAUGUCAAGGUUCAUUUCAAAGAAUAGUCUGGUGGAAGAUCCCUGUGCUGUCGAGGAAGAAAGGGGUCUGAUCAAUCCAUGGACAUCUAAGGAGAGAGAAAUCUUUAUUGACAAGCUUGCUACCUUUGGGAAAGACUUCAAGAUGAUAGCUUCUUUUCUUGAUCACAAAACAACUGCUGAUUGCAUAGAGUUCUAUUACAAGAAUCACAAAUCAGAUUGUUUUGAUAGAACAAGGAGGAAACCAGAUUAUUCUAAACAAGCAAAAGUUUGUUCUGCAAAUACCUACCUUGUUGCUUCUUCUGGGAAAAGAUGGAACCGUGAAGCGAAUUCUGUUUCUCUCGAUAUCUUAGGUGCUGCAUCAGCAAUUGCAGCUAAUGAGGAGGAUAGUAUUGAAAUUCAGCCAAAGGGUACGUCAAAGUACACUGUUCGAAUGGUCAAUGAGUACAAGACGUCCAGACUCAAUGAGUUGGAGAGGUCAAACAGUCUUGAUGUAUGUCAUAGUGAACGAGAAACAGUGGCUGCUGAUGUUUUGGCUGGUAUCUGUGGAUCCUUAUCAUCAGAAGCUAUGAGUUCUUGCAUUACAAGUUCAGUUGAUCCUGGUGAAGGGAACCAGGAAGCGAAGCACCAGAAAGUGGGUUCCUCGACCAGAUUGCCCCGGACUCCAGAGGUUAUCCAGAGUGGUGAUGAUGAAACCUGUUCAGAUGAGAGCUGUGGGGAGAUGGAUCCUACUGAUUGGACAGAUGAAGAGAAAUCAACCUUCAUCCAAGCUGUGUCCGCUUAUGGAAAAGAUUUUGUUAUGGUCUCAAGAUGUGUUGGAACGAGAUCCCGUGAUCAGUGCAAGAUCUUCUUUAGCAAGGCUAGGAAGUGUCUUGGACUAGAUAAGAUUCUUCCUGGAUCUGGCAAUUUGGAGAGGCAGGAUGUUAAUGGUGGAAGUGAUCCUGAUGCUUGUGUCAUGGAGACUAAGCUGUUGUGUAAUGAAAAAUCAAGUUCGAUGUUGGAAGAUGUAUCUGAUUUAUGUAUGAAGGCGGGGAUUUUAAAGCCUGAUUUAACCAGUUCUGAUGACAAAGAUGGGGCUGGAGAACUGGAUUCCGUAGAUACUGAACUUAUGUCUAAGAAUUCAGUUCAGGUAAACUGUCAUGUAGAUAAGCAAGAGGUGGAAUUUAACAGGGACUGUGAGAUUCAGAUUGGUGUUUGUAUUGGAAAUGGUCGAGGGGAUGAGAAUAUGGUUACAGUUUCUCGGGAAGGUGUUGAAAUUGAUGGAGAUGCCUUGGAGAAUGGCCUGCCUGACAUACCGUCUCCCAAUGAAGUUUCUGCCAAGAAUUUAGGGGAAAAAGUCAGGGGGGUAGUUUCUUCUCCUGAACAUGAUUCGAAAGAUAGAAAAGCAGAAAUAGCUGAAGUAAGUAGGUCAAACUGCUCUUUGGAAGAUAGAAAGUCCAAUAUGGUGUUAUCUGUGAAUAAUUCUCGUCUUGCUGCUGCUAGGGGAGGUGGAUUGUGUCCUCUCAAUGGAUCCCGAAAUAUGUCUCAUUUAGAAUCUGAUUCUGAUUGUAAGCUAGAUGUGAAUCGCUUGGAAAGCAAUAUUUCAGUUCCGAGGAAACAGAUGUCUGAAGCUUCUAAUGCUGAAAUUUUAUCAGAACUGGAACUUGAGAAUGUUGGAGAUAAGCAGUGUGAGAAUGCUACUCAGUCAGCUGAGCAGCCCUUGCCUAGCACUUCACAGUUAACACAGGUUGAAUCCUGCCAGAUUCUUGGCAGCUAUUUAUUGGGGGAGUCGGCUCUCACGGAGAAUGGAGAUCCUGGCCGCAGAGCUUCAGCUGCAUUGCAAGAAAUCCAGGUGGGUAGGAAUCUACAAUUUGAUACAUUUUCUACAACUGGUUGCUUUCUCCAGAAGUGCAAUGGUACAAUUCGUGGUGGUUGUUCUGUUUCUGAUCUUCUGAUUUCCAACCGAGAGCAGACAGGAGGUUCAUCAAAUGUGGAGAAACCCUGUAGGAAUGGUGAUGUGAAAUUGUUCGGACAGAUUCUCAGUAAACCAUGCCCUAAGGCAAAUCCCAGUUCCAGUGCACAGCGGUGUGAUGGUAGCAAUCAACAGUUGAAUGUCAGUAGCGAUUCCUUUACUGCAAGUCAUAGUUUAGAAGGCAAUUCAGCCACUGCCAAAUUCGAGCGAAAUAACUUCCUGGGUUCUGAGAAUCAUCCAGUGAGGAGUUUUGGUUUUUGGGAUGGGAAUAGAAUACAGACAGGGUUUUCUUCGUUGCCUGAUUCUGCUAUCCUGCUGGCUAAAUAUCCUGCGGCAUUUGGUAAUUAUGCAAUAUCUUCCACCAAAAUGGAGCAGCCUACUUUGCAUGGUGUUGUGAAGACCACUGAGCGGAAUUUGAACAGUCCUCCUGUGUUUGCAGGAAGAGAUUCAAGUAGCAACAAUGGAGUAGCAGCAGCAGAUUAUCAAGUGUACAGAAAUCGAGAUGUGCAGCCUUUUACUAUAGAGAUGAAACAGAGGCAAGAUGCGGUGUUCUCUGAGAUGCAAAGAAGAAAUGGGUUUGAUGUUAUGCAGCAACAAGCAAGGGGGGUGGUUGUUGGAAGAGGAGGGAUUCUGCAGUGUACUGCUGUCUCAGAUCCGGUGGCUGCCAUCAAAAUGCAUUAUGCCAAAUCUGAACAAUUUAGUGGGCAGGCGGCAAGUAUCAUCAGAGAGGAUGAUUCUUGGAGAAGUAAAGGGGAUGUAAGCAGGUAGUUGAUUGCAAGGGAGGCCAGAGUGUGUGGUCUCCGUGGCAAGUCUCUUUUUGCCACAAUGUACAAUAGUUUUUGUAAGUUUAAUCCAGGAAACCAUAGGGCAGUAGACGGUUACAGUUGUUGCCGUCUUUUUGGUUACAGAAUUCUAGGUCUGUAAUAUUUGCCAGUAGCUUUGUAUUUGUUGUAUUUGAUGGAAAUACAGCAAUAAAUUAUCAAGAGUUUGGUAGGUGGAAGAAGUUACCAUUU